UUUGUCAACACUGAUAUGUUUAUUUCGGGGUACGUUAUUUCGGAAAUAGAUAAAAAAAUAUUACAAAAUAAUACAAACACUGCGUAUGCUUCAACAUGUCAGCACGUCCAGCGCAGUUUCAAGCAGGAACCUCGGCAGUGCCUGCCACUCAAGUUGAAAUUAGUGUCAAAUGCAGAGGACUAAGAGAUUUAGACACAUUUUCAAAGUCAGAUCCAAUGUGUGUCAUGUUCACAAAAGAUGUGAAGUCGGGGCAGUUUUACGAGUAUGGCCGCACAGAAACAAUACAAGACAACCUUAAUCCAGACUUUGUGAAGAAGUUUGUUAUCAACUAUUUCUUCGAGGAAAGCCAGAAACUCAAAUUUGAACUUUAUGAUGUUGAUUCAAAAAGUGCAAAAUUAUCAGACCAUGAUUUCCUCGGGCGGAUGGAAUGUACUCUGGGAGAAGUGGUAGCAGCAGGCGGAGAUUUUCAGAGACCUCUCAUAGGGCAAGGAAAGAAUUGUGGAAAAAUCAUUUGUCGAGCAGAGGAGUUAGGAAAUUGUAAGGAAGUGAUCCAUCUGCAAAUGAAAGGCAGCCAGCUAGACAAGAAAGACUUUUUCGGCAAAUCAGACCCCUACUUGGAGUUUCAGCGUGCUAAUGAAGACAACAGCUUUACCGUAGUACACAGGACAGAAGUGAUCAAAAACACACUUAACCCAACGUGGGCCCCUUUCCGGGCCACCGCCAGAGCCCUGUGUAACGGAGACUAUGAUAGGAGCAUACUUGUCAAGUGUUGGGAUUGGAACAGUAAUGGAAACCCAGAACUUAUUGGUGAGUUUUCCACCAAUCUCCGUGAGCUGACUAGAGGACCAGGGCCUACCAACGCAUAUGAGAUCGUAAACCCACAGAAAAAAGCUAAGAAGAAACACAAAUAUAAAAACUCAGGAGUGGUUUCUCUUCUAACAUGUCGAGUGGAGCAAGAAUAUUCAUUCCUCGAUUACAUUCAAUCUGGGACAGAGAUGGCGUUCACAGUGGCAGUAGACUUCACAGCAUCCAAUGGCAACCCAAUCCAGCCCAACUCAUUACACUACAUUAACCCAUAUGGACAGCCCAACCAGUACCAAAUGGCCAUACAAGCCGUAGGAGACAUUAUACAGGACUACGAUACGGACAAGCUAUUUCCAGCAUUAGGAUUUGGGGCCAGAUUUCCAGAUAUGAGUGUACAACAUGAAUUUGCAUUGAACUUCACCCCUCAGAACCCGUACUGUAACGGUAUACAGGGAGUUUUGGGUGCGUACAACAAUGCCAUCAAAAGUGUUCAGCUGUACGGACCAACCAACUUCGCACCUUGCAUUAACCAUGUGGCAAAAUUUGCUGCAACAAAACGUGAUGGUUCUUGCUACUUCGUAUUACUUAUUAUCACCGACGGGGUCAUCUCAGAUAUGCCACAAACCAUGCAGGCCAUCGUAAAUGCUUCCACUCUUCCCAUGUCCAUCAUCAUUGUCGGUGUUGGUGAUGCUGACUUUGAAGCUAUGAAUGUCUUGGAUGGAGAUGAUGUUCGGCUUGCAUACCAAGGAAGGGUAGCGCAAAGGGAUAUAGUUCAGUUUGUACCAUUCCGAGAAUUCAGCCAGCGCUAUGGUAACUCCAGUGUCGCUGUGGCACAGGCAGCACUAGCUCGUGAAGUGUUGGCAGAAAUUCCUGAACAAGUCACAUCAUACAUGAAGAUGAACGGAUUCUUACCUCGUCAGCCAUCAAGCCACGCCCCCUCUGCCCCACCCCCUGUGCGAUAGGAUCCUCUAGAAAUCUUGAAAUUAAACUUUGUUGUGAAAAAAAGACUGUGAAAUAAUAAAUGUGAAAUGAAUUGAUAUUUUGUGGUACCAAUAAUUAACAGCAUUAUGAAUUGAACAUCAUAUUGUGAGAUAGGUGAAAAACAGUGAAAUAUGAUUAACAGUGAAAUAUGAUUACAUGUAUCCGUGUUGUUUUUUGUAUUUCAGUAUAUGCAGUAGAUCAAUCCGUAUUGUUUUGUUGCCAUCAUGGAAACUGAUAGGUUCAAAUUAUUUCCAUGAAAUAAAGUGUGCUAAGCAAAUUCAGAGGUUAAUACUAGCUUUUAAGUUAUUUUACAUUCUAUUAUUUUCUCUUUUGAUAGAAACUUAUGUGCAAUAUUUAGAUGUUUUAAAACCAUUUUUUUAAUUCAAUGUCUGAAGAAAACUGAAGUUAGAACUGAUAAAAAUUAUUUUACUGUUAGAUGCUAUCCAAGCUUGUUAUAACUAAGUGUAAAAUGAGGAGAUUUAAUUAGUUAUGUUUAAGUAUGAUUGUACACAUUUAUAUUCAUAAUGCUCAAUUAUAAUCAGAUAUAGUUAUUAUGUAAAAUAAGAAAGAAAAAGGGAACAACAUGUGAUAGUUUGCACUACCAGGCUGCUGACAAAGGCUGCAACACUUAAUACCAAUUUUGUGUUGGCACAAAUGUCUUUAUACUGUCCAUUUCUCAUGCAUUAAAUGCUAUAAAACCCACUUUUUAAAAUCAAUCAAUGACAAAACAUUAGUUUGGAGAUCCAUUUUGUUGGAAGCCUUUUUAAUAAUUGAAUCAAUGAUCCCCAUAUGUGCCAUCACUAAAAUGUCUUGAAAGUUGUUAGUUUAUGCACAAUACAGUGUUAUUGAAUGGAAAUCUUUUAGGGUCUUGGAUAUUUUAAAACAUAAAUGAACAAGACUUUUGCUAGAAAAAUACCAGUAUUUGUUUGAGCCUUUCUGAAUUUCCAUUGUAUCAUGUGUAUAUUUGAUUGUAUAUUUGAUUUCUUUGAUGAUUUUUUCAUGCAAAAGAAAUUAUUUUAAUUUUGUUAUUUCCAAAGCUAUUCUUUUUGUUGUGUAGUGAACUUGAGUAAAUUAUUUUGAUUUUAAUGUAAUGCAUUUUUUUUUUGUAAUGUUUAAGUGUAAAAAGUUCAUUAAUACAGUUUGAAAAGUAACAUUGUAUGUUAUUUCAUUUACUUCAGGGUAAUAAGUUAUCUUUGCAAAUUAUUUAAUGUAUUUAGUAAGUGUUCUUAAAAUAAGGAAACACUCCUGAAAAAUCAGCUUUUGCCAAAAUAUCUGAAGUCGACUAAGACAAAAAUAUGUACCUAAAGUCUCUAGUUAUAUAAAUAAUUGAAAAACCUUGUAUCUCUAUUAUCAUACCUUGAUGAUUGCUUUAACUCUAUAGUUCCUCUAUCUUUACAAGUAUUGUUUUAUUUCUAUUUUUUAAACUAUGAUAUGUUGGCCAUUUAACUGUGUUGCAAGUAACUCAUGCUAGUUUUGAACAAACAAGCACAGUCCACCAAUCACGUGAUAGUGGCAAUAGUCAUGUGUGAACUUCAUAAAUUUUUGAUACAGCCAAUGAAAUUGCAGACAGGCAAUCAUUAAAUACUAGGCUUAAUCAUUAAGAACUUCAACUUUCGUGGCUGUUGAAAGGUCCACCCACUGCCACUCAUUGGAUCCCUGCAUCAGAUUUUGCAUUGACAAUGUGUCAUCCAAUGAGAUUGUAUUCUAAGACAUUUAAGCUUUGCUCACUCCACCCAUUAAUCAUUAAGAUUUUAAUUCAGGUCAUCUAACUAUUACAUAAAUCUUUAAACACCUUUUUUUUAUUUCAUUAAUAAAUCUUAAAUUAAAGGCAAUACUAACUCUUACACCUCAUUCCCUACUAUACACCUUAAAAGACAUAAAACAUGCUUUUUGAAAAACGAACAAUGAAAUAAAUGAUAUCAAAAGUCGGCUUACUUGAGCCCAAAACACAAGUGUUGGCAGUGAUCAAUAACAAUGUGUUUGGAGAUGUUGGUCUGCUCAAAACCAUUGUGACCAAUUUCAAACCAUAUUCGUAGAACAGCAGUACUCAGUUGAAAUGAUAUCAGUAAAUCAAAUGUAGGUUUCAAAAUGUCUGUAAACAGAAUAGAUAAAAUCAGUUUGACCAAUUCAAUUUUUAUAUCUGGUUCAAUUCUUGUUAGGAUAACUGUUUUAAUUUUAAGGUUGUGGACUCAUGUGUAAGGUGUUAUGUAUCUUACAUGUAGUAUGGUGAGUCAGUUUUACAACAUUUUACAAAAUGGUUUAUCUGUACUUUUGAAAACUUAUUAAUAGUUUAAAAAAUGAUACGUUACUGUCAGGAUAUAGACUGUGAAUACAUGUGUUUUUAUGCCGAUUGUUUCUGGCGUCAAUACCUUACAAUCAUAUAUGUUUUGUAACCGAAAGUUUUGCAUGUAAUGGGCAUUCCAGACUCUCCUUUUGACAGGCCUCAUGUCAACCAAAUACAACAUACCAUAUCAUGCCUAUGUUGUACCGUACAUCCUCUAUGUUGUACCGUACAUCCUCUAUGUUGUACCGUACAUCCUCUAUGUUGUACCUUUCUUGCUUAUGUGUACUUUGCAUUGUUAAUUGUUUCAUAUGUGAACAAACUAUUUUAAUACUAAUUCAUAAUUAUUACUACAUAUACAAUAAUACGAGUAUAUUAAAGUUAGUUUACUCCACACAUUGUUAUGUCAUGGUUUAUGAUAGAACAUAACUUACUACCAUAUCUUCAUAUAUAAUAUAUAUUAUGGAGAUAUUUUAGUUACAUUUUCUCAGAACAUGCAAAAAUAUAACAUAUGUAUGGUAAUGAAAAUUUAAUAUAAACCAUGUUUGUACAUUUUAUUGCAAUGAGUUUAUUCUGUGAUUUAUUGAGACAGCCCGUGGAGAUAUAAUUAUAAAUUGUAACUCUGAGUUUUAUUAUAUAAACUGUAUAAAUAUAUGUAUAUAUGCGUGUUAUAUUUACAAUCUUUAUAAAAUAAAAUCAU